CCAAAUGUCCGGUCGCCUGCCCCGAUAAUGCCCAGUGCAAGAUGGUGCAAGGAACGCCGCAGUGCCAGUGCAAGCAGGGGUUCAAGAUGGACAAGAGCAAGAACAAGUGCACACCCAAAUGUCCGGUCGCCUGCCCCGAUAAUGCCCAGUGCAAGAUGGUGCAAGGAACGCCGCAGUGCCAGUGCAAGCAGGGGUUCAAGAUGGACAAGAGAAAGAACAAGUGCACAC